GGGGUAUAGGUCGCGCUACCUCUUCUUUGAUUUUUUUCUGCCGCCCAAAAAUGUGCUGAUGUGCAUGGAUUAACAUUCGACUCUUUUAAUUUUCUUUUUUUUUUAAAAACACUUCCAGCUUCCUGCCAUGCUACUUAUUACCUUUCGCCGUUAACCUCUUCUUUUUCCCAUCAAUUCACCUUAUGUGUACAUGAGAAAACCCGCAAUUCAACAUGAAACGCCGAGGACACUCACAAGCUAAAGGUUCAAACCCUUCAAACAAGAAAUCUAAGCUUGAAUUGAGCGAUAAGGACGCCAAAAAGAGUUUUAGAAAGGGCCUUUUCGACAAGAAGGUCCUACAAGAAUAUACCGAGGGCUACUCCGAAUCUACUCCGUACAAGCACAGCGUCAUUCACGAAUUGAUCGACGAUAACCUGCUGCGCGCAGUUCGUGAUGAGAUCAAGGAGAAUGUCUCAUUCACCCCCAAAGAGACCGACAUCUAUAAGAUUCACCAAUCUGGUGACCUUGCCAACCUCGACGGUUUAGACGAUGAUGCCCUAGCCAAGUUGCCAUCUCUCCUUACCCUUAGAGAUGCCAUGUAUUCGCAAUCCUUCCGAGACUACGUCGCGCACAUUACUGGAUGUGGCCCAUUGAGUGGCAGGAAGACUGAUAUGGCUAUCAAUGUCUAUACUCCUGGUUGUUACCUCUUGUGCCAUGACGACGUCAUUGGCAGUCGCAAAGUCAGCUACAUACUUUACCUCACCGAUCCCGAUAUACCAUGGAAGCCUGAGUGGGGUGGUGCGCUGAGAUUGUUUCCUGUGCGCACAAUUGAGGGCAAGGAUGGCGAAGUUGCGAGAACACCUGCCCCUGAUGUUUCCAAGAUUAUUCCUCCUGCUUGGAAUCAACUCAGCUUCUUUGCCGUUCAACCUGGCGAGAGCUUCCAUGACGUUGAGGAAGUAUAUCAUGCGCAAUCCAAGGAACAGCUAGAGAAGGAAGGAGGCAGAGUCCGAAUGGCUAUUAGUGGAUGGUUCCACAUCCCACAGAUCGGCGAAGAUGGCUACGUCGUGGGAGCCGAGGAGAAAUUGGCCAAGAACAGCGGCUUAAUGCAACUACAAGGAAAUCCGGAGCAGUAUGAUACUCCGCAGAUGAUGCCUGUCCAAGUCAAAUCAUUACAGUCAAACCCUCAAGACCUAUUCAACGAGGCCGAUCUCGAGUUCCUUCUCAAGUAUAUAUCACCAACCUAUCUUGUUCCCGACACCCUCGAGCAAGUAUCGGAACACUUUGACGAGAAUUCUAGCAUCACCCUAGCUAAUAUCCUCAACAAGAAGUUCGCUAAGAAGCUUCGAGAGUUUGUUACAGCCCAAGACAAGGCUGCCCUACCAGAGAGUAGUACCGAGAUUGAGAAAGGUCCUUGGCGUGUCGCGAAGCCGCCGCAUAAGCAUCGAUAUCUCUAUCUGCAGCCAGGCAGUACUGCCGCUGCCAAGACGAAUGGAAAUUCUGAGAAAGAAGAGUAUUCGCCCAUCAAGGAGCUCUUGGAGAAAUUCCUUCCCAGCCCACAGUUCCUCAGAUGGCUAGAACUGGCGACAGACUGUACAAUCGAAAGCCAUGACUUCUUGGGUCGACGCUUCCGUCGCGGUAAGGACUACACCCUUGCCACGGGCCAUGAGGGUAAACCACGCCUUGAGUUAACUCUAGGCAUCACGCCCACUAGCGGAUGGGGCGAUGAGGCCGAUGGAGAUGCCGAAGAAUCAGCUACUGAAGACAAUGGCAACGGCAACUCUAAAGCCAAUGGUAGCAAAGGAAAAGGCAAGGCCAAGGCCAAGAACAAGAAGGGCAAGAAAAAGGAGCCAGAGGAAGAAGAAGAGGCUGUAGAGGUUGGAGGCCAUGAAGUUUAUAUGGCUGGUGAUGAUGACGCCGCCAAUGAGGACGCAGCCAUAUACAAGUCAAGCGGGGAUGAUGAGAAUAUUCUCUUUUUCCAGGCUGCCUCUUGGAAUAAACUGACUCUUGUGCUACGUGAUAGCGGUGCCCUCAAAUUCGUCAAAUAUGUCAGUCAUAAGGCGCCAGGUGAUAGAUGGGACAUCUCCGGCACACUUGAGAUUGCCGAGGAUGAAGAGGAGGUCGAAGAGCAGACAUACGACGACAGGGAUGAAGAUGGUGGACCAGACCCUGUUGGAGUAUCCCUUGAUGAAGUGGAAGACGAAUGGGAGGGAUUCUCAAACAGCUCCGAGGCAGACCCCGAAAGUCGAUUUAACUCCAAUGAUUAGAUCUCUGAAGUGGUUUCCCGACUUAUGGAUGUUCAAAGGAGUAGCUUUGUUCAUUCUGACCUGGAAGAACGGCGUCAUUACGGUGAUCUGCGGAUGAGUGAAUAUUACGAUUUUAAUGAUCCAGUGUUUUAUGAGUUGCUUCAUGAAGCAGAAGCACGGCUAC